GAAAAAGCGCGCUAAUACAAAUACAGAUUCCCUGCCGCCGAUGAGGGUCGGAGUCGGAGAACCCAUUUUUGCCGUCGGGACCCUCCUCCAUCUCUACCGACAAAACAAGCUUUCAAGCUUCCACACAAAAACCCACAUAGUCCAACAGCUACGAAACAUAAGCGACUGUCUCUCCUUAACCUCCGAACACGCCAACCUCUUAAAACAUGGAUUUUCAAAUGAUACCUUUACUAUCAAUCAUCUAGUAAAUGGGUAUAUCCGUCUUCGAAAAAUCGGAAGUGCACACCAGCUGUUCGACGAAAUUCCAGACCCAAAUGUCGUCACCUGGACUUCUCUCAUUGCAGGGUACAUUCGUUCUGAUCGACCCACAACGGCUCUUUGUCUAUUUGGGAGGAUGCUGGGGAGUACUGUUAUCCCCAAUGCAUUCACAUUAACAACGGCUAUUAACGCUUGUUCAAUACUGGCAGAUGUUGAAACAGGUAACAAACUCCAUGCCCUGGUUGAAAUUUUAGGUCAUGGAUCCGAUGUUUUUGUCUGCUCCUCUUUAAUUGACAUGUAUGGAAAAUCUAAUCACACUGUUGAAGCUCGUUCUGUUUUUAAUCUAAUGGGUCACAAAAAUAUUGUUUCUUGGACUUCUUUGAUCACUGCAUAUGCCCAACACGCAGAAGGCCACAAAGCACUUGAUUUGUUUAGAGAAUUCAACACUCUGGGAUUUGACCGUCCAAAUGAUUUCAUGCUCGCUAGUGUGAUUACUGCUUGCUCAACCCUAGGGAAGCUAGUUACAGGGAAAAUCGCACACGGAGCUGUAAUUCGCGGUGGACAUGAUUCCAACAAUGUAGUUGCAAGUGCAAUUGUUGACAUGUAUGCGAAAUGUGGAUCGUUUUCUUAUUCGUGUAAGGUCUUUAACAAAAUCCCAGAUCCUACUGUCAUCCCUUACACUUCAAUGAUAAUGGGAGCUGCAAAAUACGGCCAAUCAACCAUCGCCCGCUCACUGUUCGAUGAAAUGGUCGAGAAAAGAGUAGUUCCAAACGAUGUUACGCUUCUUGGAAUCUUAAAUGCCUGCAGUCAUUCUGGACUUGUAGAUGAAGGCCUAGAUUACUUAAACUCCAUGUUCAAGAAUCAUCGAAUAUCGCCCGAUGCUAGACACUACACUUGUGUUAUCGACAUGCUAGGACGAACCGGGCGACUUGACGAAGCUUACAAAAUGGCAAUCUCAAUUAAUGUAUCCCCUAAAGAAGGUGCUUUAUUAUGGGGGUCUCUUCUUUCCAACAGUAGGGUUCAUGGAAGGUUGGACAUUGCUGGUAUAGCCGGUAAUUGGCUGAUCGAAUCAAACCAGCAAGUAGCGGCUGCUUAUGUCACCAUGUCGAACACACAUGUAUUAGCUGGAAAAUGGGAGAGUUUUCAUGAAAUUCGAUCGGAGAUGAAGCGUAAGGGAGUUUUUAAAGAACCGGGAUGCAGUUGGGUUGAGAUUAAGGAAAUGAGUUACGUUUUUUAUGCAGGGGAUGUGGAUUCAUGUCCUAGAGGGACUGAGGUGGUGAAUUUGUUAAGGGAAUUGGAGAGGAGAAUGAAGGAAAGAGGAUAUGUUGGGGGAAGUAAAGGGUUGGUUUUUGUUGAUGUUGAAGAGGAAACAAAAGAGGAAAUUGUGAGUCUACAUAGUGAACGGUUAGCAUUAGGGUUUAGUUUGUUAUGUGUGGCGAAAGGUGUAACUAUAACGGUGAUGAAGAACUUGAGAAUGUGUAGAGACUGUCAUGAGGCUUUUAAGCUGAUUAGUGAAAUGGUGGAUAGAGAUAUUGUUGUUAGAGAUGUUAAUAGAUUUCAUCAUUUUAAGAAUGGUGUUUGUACUUGUGGGGAUUUCUGGUGAUUUUGAGACCUAUUAUGGUAAAAAAGAAAAUCCUGCUUAUUUUUU